AUUUAAUAGACUCGUGGAAAGCAAGCUGGACCUGGUACGCGCACGUGUUGCUUUUAAGAGCAAUAUUUCUUGGAAGCGGGAGAAAAGAUUAAAAAUGUGUUAAGACGCCCAAAAGUUUCUUCUUGCGACGGGUUGAUUGUCAGAGGGAGGACUGUGCCAAAGUGUGAAUCGAGCAGCAGUUUUUUUUCAUGCAAAUUCAUCAAAUCAUAGGCGUGCCUUUGAGCGAUGGAGCCGGAAAAGCAGCCACCUCCUGGAUCAUGCAGCACCUUCAAAGACUGUGAUGUGCACGUCUCGGACACAUUCAUAGCAGCAUUUGAGUGAACGUUUGUGAAGCACAAAGUUAUUACAGGCUUCACUUUCCACGCGUUUGUCGUCUUGACUGGCUGCACUUCCUCUUCAGUGCAAGCAUCAAGUCUGCAGCUGUGCCUUUGGGAUUUUGAAACUCACUUGCUGCGUCGAGUCGCCACUCUUUUUGUGGUCUCGCCAUCAAGUUGAACUUCUUUUAUUCUUCUUCUUAUUUUUGACAUGUUGAGAUUCGAUUUACAUCCCGUUGAAGUUACUCCACGAAACUGAAUCCGUGCGUUAACACGCAUUCGCUCCAAUUUUGACACUUGUUCUUGACUUGAAUAACUCGGGACUUUUCCAGCAUCAGCAUGUCAGAGAGCGACAGUAGCUCGACCGGCAGCCGUCUUUCUGAAACUGAAAGCGUCAGUGUGCUGAGCUGGGAGCAAGUGCAGCGUUUGGACGCCAUACUGACGGAGACCAUCCCGAUCCACGGACGGGGCAACUUCCCCACGCUGGAGAUGCAGCCGCGGCAGAUUGUCAAAGUGGUACGCAGCAGGAUGGAGGAGAAACAAAUCCACGUCCGCGACGUCCGGUUAAACGGCUCCGCAGCCAGCCACAUACUGCACGAAGAUAGCGGACUGGGUUUCAAGGAUCUCGAUCUCAUAUUUUGCGCAGAUAUGAAAGGAGAAAGGGACUUCCAGAUUGUGAAGGACAUUGUUCUGGACUGUCUCCUGGACUUUUUACCCGACUGUGUGAAUAAAGAGAGGAUUACCCCUUUAACGUUAAAGGAAGCCUACGUGCAGAAGAUGGUGAAGGUGUGUAACGACUCGGACCGCUGGAGCCUCAUUUCCCUUUCCAACAAUCGGGGCAAGAAUGUGGAGCUGAAGUUCGUGGACUCUCUUCGGCGACAGUUUGAGUUCAGCGUGGACUCUUUCCAGAUCAAGCUGGACUCCCUGCUGCUCUUCUAUGAGUGCUCCCAGAACGCUAUGACCGCAACUUUCCACCCUACCAUUAUGGGCGAGAGCGUGUACGGCGACUUCGGCGCGGCCCUGGAUCACCUACGUCACAAGAUCAUCUGCACCCGCAACCCGGAGGAGAUCCGGGGCGGCGGCCUGCUGAAGUACUGUCACCUGCUGGUGAGGGGCUUCCAGGCCGCGUCCGAGUCUGAGAUGAAGUCCCUGCAGCGUUACAUGUGCUCCCGCUUCUUCAUCGACUUCCCAGACAUCGGCGAGCAGCGGCGCAAGCUGGAGUCCUACCUUCAAAACCACUUUGUGGGCCUAGAGGACCGCAAGUACGACUACCUGAUGACGCUCCACGGCGUGGUGAACGAGAGCACGGUGUGCCUCAUGGGACAUGAGAGGCGACAAACCUUAGGGCUCAUCGCCAUGCUGGCAGUGCGUGUUCUGGCUGAGCAGAACGUCAUUCCCAACGUGGCCAAUGUCACCUGUUACUACCAACCUGCGCCUUACGUGGCAGACGGUAACUUCAGUAACUACUACAUAGCACAGGUACAGCCGGUGUUUGCCUGCCAGCAGCCCACCUACUCCACCUGGCUGCCCUGUAACUGAGCCAGCCCCGAGUGUAGAAGGACGAGGUGGAGGUUGCUGUGUUUGAACAGAAGCACGGUUGCCACCAUGGAAAAGGGAGUCCUUUUUAAAAAAAAACAAAAAAAUGUUUUGCAUCAAAGCUUGUGUUUUUGUUCAUACGUUGAGUAUGAAUGAUAGAUAACAAACCAGUCGACUUUCAAGCCAAUGUGAAUAGCUCACGUUUCUUGAAAUACCACCCCCCGUCUUUUUCGUCUAUUAAAAGUGAGACUUUUGCAGACCUGUCACUCAAUCAAGAAGUGAACAGCAGAUUCUGCAUCGGUGCACAUUGACAUGACAGCGACUCUAGCCCAGGUCAUCGGGGUGAACAAAACCCCACUCGCCAACCCCACCCCUGUCCCACCACUUCUCAGAUGGGGGGGGGGGGGGGGGUAUCUCCAGGGCACUCUAAUAGAGUAUGCGAUAUUGUGCUUGAUAUCAGCUAGCGUGGGGAAGCUGCUAUUUGGAUGACUUUGGUUAUUCCACCAGCAUCUCUUUUUCAUUUGGGUAUAAAUGUGGUUGUUACAGACCAAAGAUAUUUGUUUCUUUCUUACAUUAAAACCCUGUUUUUUUGUUUUCCCCAAAGGGAGUUAAGAAAAAGCUCUGUCUAUAUGUAUAUGUGAACGUUUGUGUUAAAAGUGCCUAUCGCCUUUCAGUGGGCAGAAAAAAGAAAGAGCGGGCCACAUAUUGUGUGAAUUGACUUUUUUUCGUGUGGCACACGAGAACAGUGCCAGGAAGGUUUGCGGAUGUGUGAUACAGACGGUGCAUAGAGUGCUAUUUGCAAGUCAAGAGCAUGACUUGUAUUUUGCAUGAAAGUAACAGCAAAAUGUUGCGCAGAGAUUAUAUUUCCAGUAUUAGAAUUAAGUAUAUUCCUAAACCGCAUUGUCAUUUAUUAUGCAUCUCAUUUGUAUUGUCACUCAUGGGAGCAGUUGACAAGAGCCGUGUUAUCAUCAGAAAACCUUCACUAAAAUGUCAUCUGUGUGUUUUGUGGGAAAAGGGAGGAUCUUUUAUCACCUGGGAAAAAGUACAAUUGUAGUCAGAGUUCACACACGUCAGAGGUCAAUAGCCACUUUGAUAGCAUAUGCUAAUAUGCACAUAAGCCAUCCUAUAUGUUUAGGGUGUGCACUAAUUCCUUUCCUAUAUGAUAUUAUUGUUGGAAUCCAGAGAAAGUGGACAAGUCAUCAGCAUGUAUAAUGCAUUUAGUUCCGUCUUGGCUCACGCUUCAGGGUCCCCCCCCCAAAAAAAAGACAUGCUGCCGGUAGCGUUUUGUGUCGUUCUUAACUAAAACAAACCAACGGCAAUGACGACAGACUCCUUUGCGGUGCUAAAAAGACACGGAAAGAGAGCAGAGAGCAGAGUGAGACAGAGCGACCGCUUGAAGAAUAUUUGCCGUGACAUCUCAGAUGAUGAGACACUAUUUGCUGUAGCACCCUGACAGGGAAUUCCUCAGCUGCUGCUCAAGCACUCCAGCUGGGUUUGCCUCUGCAGAUGCUCUCUUGAGGGCUCCCAAAAAAUGUGCUGCCAAAUACUUUGGCGAUCCACUGUGGUAGCAUGUACAUUGAUUAAAGCCAUUCGUUUGAGUAUAGAAAAUGGGUGUGUAGCAAUAGAUUGUGUUUCGUUUUAGAUGGCAGCAAAAAAGGCAGAUGGGGGAAAAAAAAUGAUGGAGUAGGAGCUGGAGCAGGAAGGAACCAGUCGGGAGAGAUAGGUGCAGCUGGUGAUGGGGUUUAUCUCUAUAGGGCUACUAUGCUUCAUUGUGCAAACUGGAUCAUAAUUGAAUUACAUGUUGCUCCUUCUUGUAUUUUGUUUUUGUGUGUGUGUGUGGAGAGAACAAAAAUAUCGCGCAACUUUUACUUUCAGAUUUUCUGUUUUUAAAGAAAAAAAAAACUCAUAGAAACAGAGGAAAUCCCGACAGAUUCACCAGAUGUUUGAGUUGAAAAGUGUUACACUUGUGGUGCUACGGCUUUUUUUAAUGUUGUGACUGCUUCAUUCUUCUGCAUUAGAAAACAACUUUGUACAUAUAUGAAUACAAGCUCCAACAUUGCCAUAUCACUUCUGUUGCAGCCUGCAGCCUUUUCCUCCUGUUAUAUAUGUAUAAGUCAGACAAGCCAAACUGCCAAAGUUAUUUGUCAUUCUGCCGGAUGCCAUUUUACAUUUAGUUCUUUUCGUCAGUGAUUGUCUUUGAUGGUAAAACUUUGGAUUAUGCAGGCAUUGUAUUGCCUUUUUUUUACUCAUGUUGCCAGCUGACUAUCUUGCUAGCUCCAGUCUGCCUGUCCAGUCGUGAUUGUGCCUAUGAGGUAAAGAUUGUGGAUUACGGCAAUGUCCUGUAUGCAUUGGCUAAAACAUCUUCAUCGUGACGCAGUCUUUUGCAGAACACACAUGGGAAACGAAAUUAAAGAUCCUUGUCUUGUAUGUGUUUGAGUUAAAAAAUAAAUAAAUAAAAAUACAUGUAUGUAUACAUAAAGAGAUGUAUCAGAGACUGCAUAUGUUGCAGCACUUUUAAAUCUGUGAUUGGAUUUAUGUGGAUAUAUUUUAUGUUUUGUGGCCGACGGGUCCAAAUUCAACAAUGUUUUCAUCAAUAAAAUUUAUGCAGAUCAGA